GCUUGCACACUAGUUUCAGUCUCGACGAAGCUGCACCGCUACAGCGUUACUUUUUUUAAUCCCAGCAUUCUGGUCUAAUGGACACACUCUUUGUAAAUGCUUUUUAAGAAUUAUCAGUCUAGGAAGACGCACACUGCCUACUCAACAGGCCCGGGCCUUGAGUCAUAUUUGAAGGGAUUUAACUUCACUGGUGAGCCGCCUUGGCUUCUCUGCACCUGAGUAAACUACAACACUAAAUUCCAUCUCUUUCCUACCUAAUUUACUGGUGACUAAUCAAGAGAACCUCUUGUGACGAUGCACACUGCCACUCCCACCGAGUUUGACUUCUCUUUCUUGGAAGAGGGCUUCUCCGCCCGGGAUAUUGUUGAGCAGAAGAUCAACGAGUCAUCCAUGACGGAUGACAGGGACGCAUUCUACGUCUGUGACCUGGGAGAUGUGCUGAAGAAACACCUGCGCUGGGUGAGGGCGCUGCCUCGCGUCACUCCUUACUAUGCUGUCAAAUGCAACAGCAGCCGGGCCGUGGUCAUGACGCUCGCGUCUCUGGGAGCCGGCUUUGACUGUGCCAGCAAGACGGAGAUUCAUAUGGUUCAGUCUCUGGGAGUGGAUGCAGACAGAAUCAUCUAUGCCAACCCCUGCAAGCAAGUUUCUCAGAUCAAGUAUGCGUCUGCCCAUGGGGUCCGGAUGAUGACCUUUGAUAGCGAGGUGGAACUCAUGAAAGUGGCCCGCUAUCAUGAAAAUGCCAAACUCGUGCUGCGUAUUGCCACAGAUGACUCAAAGGCAGUGUGUCGCCUCAGUGUGAAGUUUGGGGCCCAACUCAAAGCUUGCCGUGGUCUUCUGGAGCGUGCCAAGGAGCUGGGGCUGGAUGUGAUCGGCGUCAGCUUCCACGUCGGCAGCGGCUGCACCGAUCCAGGGACCUACAGCCAGGCUAUCGCCGAUGCCCACUGUGUGUUCGAUAUGGGGGAUGAGCUGGGCUUCCACAUGGACCUGUUGGACAUUGGAGGAGGUUUUCCCGGUUCUGAAGAAACUGAACUCAAAUUCGAAGAGAUCACAGCCAUAAUCAACCCGGCCAUGGACAAGUACUUCCCCGCUGACACCGGUAUCAAGGUGAUCGCUGAGCCUGGCCGCUUUUAUGUGGCCUCGGCCUACACACUGGUUGUCAACAUCAUUGCCAAGAAGGUCAUUGUGGACGACGAAUCUGACGAGGAAGACGAGGGGACCAAUGAAAAGACCCUGAUGUACUAUGUCAACGAUGGAGUGUAUGGGUCCUUCAACUGUAUACUCUAUGACCACGCUCACUGUUUGCCAACACUACAUAAGAAGCCAAAGCCGGAUGAGGUCAUGUACCCUUGCAGUAUCUGGGGCCCGACUUGCGACGGCCUCGACCGCAUCGUUGAGCAGUGUUACCUGCCCGACCUGCAGGUGGGUGACUGGCUGGUCUUUGACAACAUGGGUGCUUACACUGUGGCCGCCGCCUCCACCUUCAACGGCUUCCAGAGACCUGACAUGCACUACGUCAUGUCCCGCUCUGCCUGGCAAACUGUGCAACAGAUCUGUUCCCAGGGCCUUGCGGCUCCUGCGGAGGAGGGCAGCCUGUUUGAAGUGCCAGCCGGCUGCGGUCGGGAGAGCAGCUUGGAGGUGCCCACUAAGCCCUGCCAGGCCCAUGUGAUUUAAACACCUACUGUACAUCACAGCAGUGUUCUUCAGAGUUUGCACCCUUUUGUUAUUGAUUAUUGAGAAGAAUUUUAUCCUUUUAAUUUCACCCCAGAUGUAUGUUGACAUUUCAAGGCCAGUUACUUGACAGGAGAAUGAGGGAACCGCUGCUGCACAACUUUCUGUGUUCUGUAUGGAAGUGGGGAGUGACUCAAUGAAAUGAGGCUGAAUCACACCCCGAGCGUCUCUGUGUUCCAGACAGUGUUAGUGACAGUGCCCCCCCCCCCGCCCCCCUUGCACCAAUUUGAGAGAAACAGAUACUCAGAACUGGACGACAGUAGUUAAUGAAGAAACUAUUUUUCCAAACUGAAACACUGCAGGUGUUUUUGCGAAAUAAAUUGCAACUCUACUUCACUGGAUGUUUCCCGUCACCGAUCUGUCAACACAUGAAACUGUACCUAAAGUUAAGAGGUGAUGGGGAACUCAAGCUGUUGUUUUAAUACCAUGAAAAAAUAGCUAUAAAUUGAAUACUAUUACAAUUAAGCCCUGUUAACAUCUGGAGUCACAUCCCGAGGUGGUUGGAGGGGCGAUUUGAAUCCUCAAACAUGGCUGCUAUGUUUAUUUAUCUUUUCCAUGGUCUCCACUUCUGUACAGAACCGUCAGGUGUUAAUCCUCAAGACUUCAAUAUUUCAAGAAACACUUAAGUAAAGUUCAAUUUGACAACGGUACUUGCUUUUCUGCAAGUACCUUCAUCAAAGCCCCAUAUAGUGUGUGUCUGUGCUGAUAGAGCAGCACCAUUUCAAUGAAUCAGACGGCGCUAAAGAUAAACACAAACUACAUUUCGGCUCUGAUUGCCACCGUGGUUCUAGACACCACGAUACAGGUUCCACCAAAAAACCUUCAGGAUUAAUGCUUAAAACGCAGGGACUCAAGAAGCAGACUGUACCUCUCUUCUCCACCUUAAUAUUAUUAUUUUAUUUUAUUUUGUAAUGUGUAGAAGGCAAGCAGUCUGCUCAUGCUAUGAUUUUAAGAAGUGGUGUGAAAACCAUACAUUUGAAAUGGAUAUGAAAGAGACGGGAUUGCAAAUUCAUAUCGCUUUCCUAUGGAAACCUUUUUGAAGUUUUGUAUUUUUUUAAGAAAUAAAGCAUCGGGUGCAGAGCGGAA